CACACACACCAGAAUAGGGAAACCGUCAUUUUCCUACUCGCCCUCUGACAUCAGCCACCUCCUGAGUCGCUGCAGUGUGUCUGCGCUAAACCUAAUCCCUGGCGAUGAAAAAUGAGCCUCUCCCCCACUCGUGCUGCUGCCUUGCGCCUCACGCCCCCAGAGAAGAGUUUCUUUGUGAGGCAGCUGGUGAAGGUUUUUUUCCAAGUCACAUGAUCCAGGAUGCAGGGGAGAAUCCUUCUUGGAACCGAGAUGGGCCCAGAACCGGAGCAGAUGUGGAGCGAUAAGGUGUGAUGUGGGGAAGACUAUAUAAGAAUGGGCCCUGGGCUGCAGCGAGCACUCCACCGAGUGGCCCCUUCUCAAGACACAGCCAUGCACGAGCCAGCAGGCUCCGUCGCCAGCCACUGGGGGACCACGAGCCGCAGUUACUUCUACUUCACCACGGCCACGCUGGCUGUGUGUCUCAUCUUUGCUGUGGCGACCAUCAUGGUGCUGGUGGUUCAGAAGUCGGACUCCAUUCCAACUCCCCCAGGAAUAUUCCCCCUUAAAGGAGGAAACUGCUCAGAGGACAUCUUAUGUAUCCUGCAGAGGGCUCCGUUCAAGAAGUCAUGGGCCUACCUCCAAGUGUCAAAGCACAUAAACAAAACCAAGUUGUCUUGGAACCAAGAUGGCAUUGUCCAUGGACUCAGAUAUCAUGAUGGGAACCUGGUGAUCCAGUUUCCAGGUUGGUACUUCAUUAUUUGCCAACUGCAGUUUCUGGUGGAAUGCCCAGAACAUUCUGUCGACCUAAAAUUGGAACUUCUCAUCAACCAAGAUGUCAAAAGGCAGACUUUGGUGACAGUGUGCGAGUCUGGAGUACAAACCAAAAACAUAUACCAGAACCUCUCUCAGUUCCUGCUAGAGCACCUCCAGGUCAAUACCACCAUCUCGGUCAAGGUGGAUAAGUUCCAGUAUGUGGAUACAAACACCUUUCCCCUUGAGAAUGUACUAUCCAUCUUCUUAUACAGUAGUUCAGACUGAACCCUUUCUCCUGGCCUCUACCAUACAACACCUCAUCCAUCCAAACACUUGGGCAAAAAGGAAACUAGACCAAGACUGAAACCACAAAGGGUAUUACAUAGUAUGCUUCUCCUUCUGUCUCUUGGAAAGAUACAGCUCCAGGGUUAAAAAGAGAGUUUUGAGUGAAGUGUCUUUCAGAGAGAAGGCAAGGAAGCAAUGUCGUGUGGUGGACAGAGCCCCCAAAGGGAAUCAGAAGGGACGGAUGUAUGUUCCAACCACUAACUCACUGUAUGACCUGGACCUAUUCCUUUCCCCUCCUUGGAACUCAGGAUCCACGUCUGAAAAAUGAAGGGGCUGGAUUCGAGUCUCUCCAAAGUCUCCUCCAUCUCAGAAGACCAGCCUCUCUCAUCACAGACCUGGAUUCCAGACAGAGUUCUGGAAGCCCCCAACCAAAGGGAAGGCCCCCCACCAGUGUGAAACCAAUGGUACUGGCAGCAUCUGGCUGCACACCACCUCAGCAGAGUCAGAAUUUGGAGACAAAGUUCAGGACACCUGCCAAAUGGUGUGAAUUGUAGGACCUAAAAUGCAUAAGAAAGGACUGCCAAACUGACCACCCAGAACCGAAGAGGCCUUGUGGAUAUUUGGGAAACCAUCUGAUCAGGUUUGACUCCAUUCCAGUUAAGAUGGACAAGAACUCAACAACAGAGAGUUUCUGUUUCCUGUCAGAAAAGUGCUAUGCCUUCAGCACACUCUCAAAUCAUCGUGCAAUGGGCAGAAGAUGCAAUCAUUUGGUCAGGGCAUAGCUGCUGCCAUCUCCCACAUGAUCUCAUCCUGCUCCCUGCUUCAAACACCUCUCAGAAAAUCAUUUCUGUGGGAGCUUUUAAGGCCCCACAAAGUUGUUGACAGACAAUGACAACCUUGGAAAUGGCAUAAAGAACUUCUCUGCACAAUGACAACCUCGUCUCCUGAUUUGGAUAACUAGGAGAUUCUCUAGCUCCAUCAACCCUUACAACUGUACAUCAUCUCUGAAGCAGCAUCUUAUUGUUUGAAAGUUCCACUGGACUUAAAGUGUAAGCUGCUGAGGUUAUUCCUCAGAAAGAAAAGGGGCUCUUAACUGCUACACAAAAGAAUGAAACAAAAUUUGCAUGUUUCUCAAGAAGGAGGAGAGAAAAGAAAGGUGUCAAAAUUCAGGAAAGUUUGUUAAAGUUUAGAAAAGAUCUAAAAGAAGGGAAAAAAUCAGCAGGGGUGGUAUGGAUGAGAAGGACUUGGGAGAACAGAAAAGACUAAAGGGAAAUUUUAAGUCCUUUGCUGAACAGCAUGCUCUGUUGCCUCCUCCUAGGUCAGUGAAAUACUCAGUAAAAGUCUACAUUUCUCUUAAAUGCUUCUGUGAGUAGAUUCUUGGGGAGCAGUGUGCAUUGGAAGAGGUGUUGCACUCAGCAAGACAAGAGAUACGUGAUAAUAACACAGACAGGUUUUGAGGGCCAAAAGCUAGAGAAUAAGGUGGCCUGUGGGCAUUUGAGUUCUACCCUAACUCUGUAAGACAAAUUAAUCUUGCUUUAAACCAAGUCAUUCAUGCACUCCUGGAAAGGUAUCUGCAACCUAAGCAAAUGUCAACGAAGCAAUUUUUUACUGUUUCAUAUUCCAACUCGAGAAAGGUUUCCUUUGCACUUUUUACCAGCCAUCCUCUGAGCAGAGGUGCCUGACUUUGACAUUGUGAGUGAUUCUCAAUAUUAGUCUCUAUCAAGCAAUACUCUCAAAGCCAACAGCUGAAGACAUAGGGAGCGCAGUUUAAAAGGAAUCUUGUAGCAAGACAAAAUAAUAAGAGAAUAAUCUUUAGUAAUUCACCUGAUAUGUAGGGGGUGGACAAACUAAGAAGUUCAAAACUAAAUUCUGUUACUCUCUGAGGGUUAACCAGCCCCCUGGGAAUAUUAUGAGCAAAUGGCACAAUCUAUGCAAAUAAAAUAAAUGAUUUUUGUAACUGGGAAUUCAGGCUACCUGAAACAUAUAUCUCUUUGGUAAAAACUCAACUGCUCUUUCCUCCACUCCCCAAUACAUACAUACAUACAUACAUACACAUACACACACACACUAUACUUGUAAAACUUGUAGAGGAGGAUGAGUUGAUUAAAAAAGUAACAAGUCAAUGAAGACUAACUGUAUUCCUGCCCUUGGGAAAAUUCAUACCACUGAUUAUUCUGACACAAGGCCAGAGCCUUUCAGUCAAGAAGAUACAGUAGUCAUUUGUAUCAUCUCUGGAAAGAUCCUGAGAGAUCAGCAGAGCCAACGUUUGAAAGGAAGUCCAGUGAAAGGCAGGGGCUUGUCAAGUCCUUACACAUGAUUAGUAGCAGAGCCAGGAAUGGAGUCCAGCUUCCUGUCUCCACUAUUUCCCAUUGGGCUUUAUUGGUCCCCUCCAUAGCCUUUCUCUAAAAAAAAAAAUUAUAUAUGUCUCAGAGAGGAAGGGAGAGGGAGAGAGAGAUAGAAACAUCAAUGAUGAGAGAGAAUCAUUGAUCGGCUGCCUCCUGUAUGCCCCCUACUGAGGAUGGAGCCGCAACCCAGGCAUAUGCCCUGACUGGGAAUUGAACCGGUGACCUCCUGGUUCCUGGGUCUACGCUCAAACACUGAGCCACACCCAGCUGGGCAGCCUUUCUGUAAUUCCUCAGGUUACAGCUUUGGAGCCCUGCAUUGGAGCAGCCAGUGUUCAGGGCUGUCCCCUGUUCUGCCUCUGCCACUCCAGUCACUGCUGGAUGAUCAUGCUAAUGUGAGACACAGAUGGUCUCCAGAUUCAAUAAGUGGCCAAAUCCAGAAAAAGGUUCGAGUCCCAUGAUAUAAAGUUCUUUCUCAGAAACUGAAGAAAUAUGUAAGCCAAUAAAAAAAAGUUUGUUUAAAUUUGAAGUUAUACAUAUGUGUAUAUGUGUAUAUGCAUAUGUGUGUAUACUAUGUGCGUGCGCACAUGUGUAUAUACAUGUGUGCGCAUGUGUGUAUUAUACAUUUAUGUGUAUUAUAUAUACAUGUAGUAUGUGUGUGUGUGUACUUCUCCCUAAUUGCUUUAAAGGUCAUCUGCUUAAUCCAGGGGUGGGCAAACUUUUUGACUCAAGGGCCACAAUGGGUUCUUAAACUGGACCGGAGGGCCGGAACAAAAGCAUGGAUGGAGUGUUUGUGUGAACUAAUAUAAAUUCAAAGUAAACAUCAUUACAUAAAAGGGUACGGUCUUUUUUUUUUUUAGUUUUAUUCAUUUCAAACGGGCCGGAUCCAGCCCGAGGGCCGUAGUUUGCCCACGGCUGGCUUAAUCAGAGGUCAGGGGAGGAAGCCUGAUUCUUGCUCUGGGCAUUAUAAAAUGUAUAUUCAUUUGUAAAUAUUUUUUAAUUAUAGAAAGAACAGAAAAUAGUAUUUUUCCCAUGCCUCACCAGCUAAUUUAAUAACUAUUAAUAUGUUACUAUAUGUCUCUGCUUCUGUUUAAAAAGAAAAUAAUCCAUAUAGAGCUAAAAUCUCAACCCUCCAUCCACGUUCCUACACGCUCCUCAGAGAAAAGCCCUUGCCUGGAAGUUUGUGUGUCUCCUCCGCUUACAUAAAUUUAUACUUGCUCUCCCAUUAGACUAUAUAAGAGAGUUUUGUGUGGAUUUUAACAUUUCAAUAAACAAUAUCAUACUUUAUAUAACAUUUUGUGCUUGAGUUUUUUUCACAUAACCUUAGGUUUUUGAGAUUCAUGCAGAUUGAUACAUGUAGAUCGAGCUCAUUCAUUUAAUUGCCACCUAUUGGUAUUUCCUUGUUUAACUAUACACAGUUUGCCCAUUUUUCUAUGGAUGCACAUUCAGUUUGUCUCCUGAGUUAGCUGCAAUAAAGUCCACCAUCCUGAACAGCUCCCACCCCUUAUUGCCAGUUUUCUAUGCAACAAAAUACUCUUUAAAAAUGAUAGAGUGGUUCCU